ACGACCAAUCUUCGUAAUCAGCGUGACCGAUAGAUAAAAACGCAAAGAAAGUUGCGCAGAAAAGAAGUUGUGAGUUUUGAAAAGUCCUUUUACUCAUUUUGUAGAGUCGUGAAUUUAUUAAAUACUUCUUUUAAAGUGCAAAGGUGCUUUCAACAGAUAACGGAAAGUUCUCAAAGUGUUCCCAAGAUCCGCUUAUGAAAAACGAAUCUAGCGAAUUUCCUAGCGCAUUACAUAAAAAUCGUGAAAAAUAUAAACAACGGUGCUUCUCUCUUUCACUGUUCAACGGUCAACUUAUUCCAAUAAAGUUGGCUUGCAGCCCGCGUCUCGUGAUGAAGAGACCGCUCUCUGAAGUCUACUGCGGUGCUCCUACUUUCUUCUCCGCUCUUCACCCCAGCGCUUCUGCCUUCACUUCCAUCCCUGGCGCUGCUUCAUUCUCUCCUCAAACAUACGUUUCUUCUCCCUACUCUGUGCUACCUACUUCACCUGCAGUAGCAGUUGCUGCCGCCGCAGUCGCGCACCAGCAACAACAUCAUACCUUCCCGCACUUGGCGCAGUUGCCAUCCUCCAUCGCCUCCCAAAUGUUGUCGUCAUCGGCGCUGCCCGUUAUGCAGUUCUUGGAUCAGCGAGGCUCCGACGAGCUGCUGAGCAGCCCAUCUGGCGGCGUCAGCAACGGCUCCGUCAUGAGUCCCUCUGUCAACAUCGACGCCAACGAUGCCAAAAAGGCAAAGUUGGACAAAAGCAAUGGAACGCCUUCACGCGUCAUGCACAUACGCAACAUCCCAAACGAAGUGACUGAGGCAGAAAUUGUCCAUCUGGGAAUACCAUUUGGCGAGGUCACCAACGUCCUCGUCUUGAAGGGAAAAAAUCAGGCGUUCCUGGAGAUGGCUGAUGAGAGCGCUGCCGUAACCAUGGUAUCGUACUUCACUGGCUGCACGCCGCAGCUUCGUAACCAGGCCGUCUACGUUCAGUUCUCCAACCACAAAGAACUUAAAACCGACCAAACUCACUCCAAUGCAAACCCGAGCGCCCAGGCAGCGCUGCAGGCAGCCAACGCGCUGGUCGGCGCCCCGCCACACAACGAGACGCAGGGCGGCCCCAACACCGUCCUCAGGGUCAUCAUCGAGCACAUGCUCUACCCCGUCACCCUCGACGUCCUCUAUCAGAUUUUCACUCGUGUUGGUCGUGUCCUGAAGAUCAUCACGUUCACAAAGAAUAACACAUUCCAAGCCCUGAUCCAGUACCCCGAUGUCGUCACGGCGCAGGCUGCUAAAAUGACCCUGGACGGUAAGAACAUCUACACGGCGUGCUGCACACUGCGUAUUGAGUACAGCAAACUGACGAGCCUCAACGUAAGAUACAACAACGACAAAUCCAGGGACUAUACCAACGCCUCUCUCCCCACCGGCGACUCUAUGCUGGACAGCGCUCUGGCCAUCGGAGGCGGCCCCGGUGUGCUGCCCACCCCCUUCAGCGGCAUGCAGGGCAGCCUCUCUUCCUCCAUCUCCGGUUAUGGGGGUUCGCCCAUUGGCGGACUUGGAGGUACGAAUAUGGCCACAUUAUUAGCUCCUAACCUGCAACGCGGAGACGGUCACGGGCACGCAGGCAUGCCGACGUUCACGGGCAUGCCACUAGCAGGCGUGGCCCCCAACAACAACACGAUGGGUGUAGCAGGUCUUCGGCUCCCAGGACAAAUGCACUCCUGUGUCGUCCACGUCUACAACCUCAAUGAGGAGAUGGUCACACCUGACUCUCUGUUUACCCUCUUCGGUGUUUACGGGGAUGUACAACGCGUCAAGAUCCUCUACAAUAAGAAGGACAGCGCCUUGGUGCAGCUCAGCGAACCUCAUCAGGCACAUCUUGCGAUAAUUCACCUGGACAAAGUAACGCUGUGGGGCAAGACUCUGCGCGUCAACUCGAGUAAAUACUCGACCGUUCAGCUGCCUAAAGAAGGGCAGCCUGACGCCGGCCUCACCAAGGAUUACACAAACUCGCCUCUGCAUCGCUUCAAGAAGCCCGGCUCUAAGAAUUAUCAGAAUAUCUACCCACCGAGCACAACGCUUCACCUGUCCAACAUCCCGCCCAGCGUCGACGAGGAGCAGAUUAAGCAAGCCUUCGAAGAGAACGGCUGUACUGUCAAAGAGUUCAAAUUUUUCCCGAAGGAUCGCAAAAUGGCACUCAUACAGCUGGCAACGCAAGAAGAAGCUAUCAGCGCUCUUAUUAAAAUGCACAACUACCAACUGAGCGAAUCUUCACACCUGCGCGUGAGUUUCAGCAAGGGGACCAUCUAGGAGACUUGCCUCGCCCUGUCAGCCUCCACUCAAGCAUUAACUUCACCAUCACAUUUCUCGAGGUUUCCUCUGCGCCAAUUUUGAGAUCCCAACGAAACCUCAAGCGAUGAGGUGUCACCGUAACCUGUGCGUGCGUCUUGCAAGAGAGUAACAAGGAUAAUUAUUUGUUAUUUCUCGAUUACUUAGUAACCGCAGCACUGCUCGUGUUGAACUUUAUUUAUCAGUCUUUUAACUUCCUUAUUUAUUUUUAGGCCAAUUCAUUAGCAAUUGAAAAUUCGAGUUAGGUUCACUAUGACUUGGACUAAUUCCUCUACGUAGCUUUACGUAUUUCUUCCAAUUUUGACUCUCGUGAAAGUAUUCGAUGUUUUCCAGCGUCCUCCUUUGCCUGAAUUCAUGAAAUGUUUCAUACGCGGCUGUGUUGUUCUCUUUUUACAUUACGACCACUGACUAAGGUUUUGGCUGAUAGAAUUUGGAAGCCUCAAAUGAUAGAAUUUGGAAGCCUCAAAUGCUGCUUGAGGUAAAUUAAGGUUUCACAAUUAUUUUGAUUACAAUAAAGAAGACUUCAUCCAUACAACUCAUCUUUCUUUUGCCAGAAUCUCCCUCCCUGCUAUAUUGUGAGAAUUCAUACUGCCGUUCCAUUGCAUAAUCAUCAUUAAUUGCGGUGCUGUUUCUGCUCAUAUCAGCAUUCAAUUCACAGAGGGAGUCUUCGAAAUUUACAAUAAUACUUUGAUACGAGACUAUUUCUCUGAGUCCUUUUGGAUUAUAUGUAAAUAGCUUCAAAUUUCUGUGCUUUUCCAAAGUUGAUGGGCCGACCAAUUACUAUACUUGCCCCACUAUUUCAUUAUAUUUCCAUUAGAGCAGCCCAUCCCCCAACUGUCAAGUUAUUCUCGACCCUUAUCAUUCUAUGAUCAUCAAUUUUUAUCGCCUCGAAAAUCGUUUUUGUUAUCGGUUCCGACCGAGGAUGUUGUGUUUUAUAAAAUUCUCGGACCAUAUUAAAAUGAAGUAAAUUCAAUUUUGGAACAAAAUAAUUAAUUUUUAUGCUCCAGUAAAAGAUGAGUGUAGGAGCGUCGAGUUUCAAUGUAAAGAGAAUUUUUCUAUGAAAAUAAUUUGAAGAAGUUACGAGUCGAAAACGGAGCCGGAAUGUCGAUCAAACGUAUCAGUAUACUAAAAACACUUAGUAGCAAGAUGCUGUCAGAAGGUGCGCAAUUGACUGAUGUUCUGAAUGGCAGUAUUAUUGUUAGUUGAGUAUCUUCUAGAAUACACAUUAUUAUAGUUGAUACGUGUUAUGAUAGGAACGCCGCUCUCUGCAACACAUUAGACUUAUUUCUUACGGUUAGUUUGGCGUCGGUUUUCGGAGGAUUUUGACUGCUGACGUGAAGGAUCGGCUAAUAUUUGCCUCUGCUCUUCAUUGCACGGCCUGCCAACUUCCAUACUUAGGAAGUUCGUGCUCGCUAUUUAGUAAUAUUUUAAAAGCAGGAAGAUUUCAGCUUUAAUUCAAUAACGUGGCUAGCUAUCAGUUUUUGUUAACAGAUAUGAAAUUAAAUUAUUAUUUGCUCGUUCUUCAUUUCUAAAAGUGAAAUUAACUCUAAAAGAGUUCUUAUAUACUGGGCUAACUGUGUAUACUUCUCGGCAGGGCGAAUAAAAGUGUUCGUCCAGCCUACGUUGUUGAGAUGGAAAUAUUCUUUAUGUGUUGGUGGCACACAUUAACGUGCGAUCAAGAGAAGAGUGAGCUUUUGCCAGUGCUCCUGUCGUGUUCUUUAUAACAAAGAAUUGAAAUGCCCGUUCGUUGUGUGCGUUUUGAGUGUUCUUUUCACUGCUGUAAGUUAGUAGUAGUUCUUUAAUUGACGUUUAGCAGAUACUUGUCGUUCCAGCCGCCUCAGAGAGAAGAGAAGAGACUUGUUAUCAUUAUCCAAUUAAUAUUACAUUAAACGCUGGUUCAAAUAAAGCAUUUUCAAUUUGUGUUCGGGUUUUGUGUAGUCGAAACAACCAAGUUGAUUGCCCUGUCUGUGUGAUGAAUACGUAUAUUUUUGCAUUUGGGUGCUAUGUCUCGAUGAUGCUUUCAAGCCAUGCUACUAAUAGCAGUUGAGGCGUCAGUUCCAAUCAUUCCAAUUACUUGGAGGUAAAUCUCUCAUGCUUGAUAUUUAAUUACUGGUGCAGCGUGUGAACAAUUGAAAAAUAUUAAUGCUGAAGAGGUAUUUGACACGUGCAUAACUAGAGGGCGUUGCGAUGGCUCUUAGGAAAACCUAUUCAGGUAUAAAUAGGCAGAUAUUAAGUUCUGGGUCAAAGCUUGUGUAGAAUAAAACUCGUUGGUACAUACGUACCGAGAUUAUAAUUCUGAUAGGGCUUUACAACGUUGAAUUUUCUGUCAGCUUCCCGUAAUUCUAUCUCGGAGUACCCGAUAUAGUAUUUCUUUCACUGUAUCACUCAGUACAUGAUAUCGCGAAUCAGUUCUGGUUAUGUAUUUUUUUCUCUACUAUAUCAGGGUGCCUUUUUUUGCUUUCACAUUGAAGAUUAGUCGGUGCGAAUAACAUCGCACUAUGUUCCUGGGAAUCUCCUUUUUGAGCAACAUAAAUGUCAUUAGAAAUUUCUAGAGUUCUAUUUGUUUCUUGAUCAAUAACUCGUUUGAUAUCAUGCACUGAGUAGCCGCAUUGCAUUGAGUAGCUUGAAUGCCAUUUUCCCAUGGUAAUCGCGCAAUUUCUAUAUUUCGAAGCACUGUGAACUGAAUGCCCGAAUUUAAAAAGCAUACCGUGUAUGAAAUGCCCUAGCAUAUUUUUCUUUGACUUAACCCGAGAAUUUCUGACCACUACAGAAUGUUAACAUUGACAGUGUCAGUGGUAACGUAGAGUAGAAAGCUGGCCGUGUAUGGUCGGUCCGGUUUAUUUCGUUGCUGGUGUGCCUGUCACGAAGAUCACAAUGCUUGCGAUGUGACAGGUGAAGCUCAGGCGCACCCACUAACAAUUGUUGUUCUCUGUGUGUGUAGAUCUUAGCAGACUGAUUUAGAGCUUUAUCGAUAAAAUACAAAGUAUUAUUUGUUAAUUAUGCCAAAAAAGUAUAAUAACUUUGUAAUAAUAAUAAACCUAAUGCGAAGCACAAAAGUUGAUCAGUGCGCCAAGGAAGUUGGCUAAAAUUACUUCUAAUCUUCAGUAUAAUUCGCCUUUUUAAGUUUAAAUAAUUUCUUGUUUUUCGUUUUUACUCCUUUUAUCUCAAAUCUCUUACUCUCUUUCUUGCCUGUGCUCUCCCUCGAUCAAACUUGCGGCGUGACAAUCGGAUUUUCUAUCAUAGGCCUGUAGCGCGGAGAGGGCGACACAGCAACAUACAACAUUCAUGAACAACGCCUAACUUAAGACCAUCUCACAUGCUACCCGGGCUUUGGCUCCACACCAAAUAUUCGUUACUCCGGGUAAUUUCGGCAAUAGUGUUUGCUUAAAUCGAGUCACAUGCCUAUUUGGCGAUGUCACAAUUCAGGGCGGAAUUUCAAGACGCGUCUCCACAUAUCAGUUCGAGAGAAUAUUUUUGUAAAACUAUUGUGCCUUCCUAUGUGAUAUUCUCUACUUGGCACAUCCGUUCUGAGGGAAACUCAGAUUCAGUACACAUUACAUUGAACACUUGGAAAACUCUCAAUCUUCUUUUAAUUUAUUGUUUACAUUUAAUACUUUUUUCAAGUUAUUAAGGUCCAACUUCCUCGGUGCAGUUGCCAACUGCCUUUUCCACACAUCUUCUCGUGUAGUUCUUUGAUACGUUCCUCGAGUACUUGCUAUAUUUCAUAUAGAGGCGUGCGAUGAGAAUAUAUAGAGAGAAUUCGGUCCGACCGUCACUUGUGAUUCUUCGAUUCGACGUGAAGGACGAUGCUUGUAGUGAGAACAGGUCUGCAGCUUGUCAUUCCAGGCACCGCGUCUCAUUCCGGAAUACACUUUAAGGUUAUACAUUCACUCAUGGGACGUUGCAAAUUAUCGACUGUUUUUCAUCAUUCUGAGUUUCCACGCUAUCAACAAGUUUGGUCUUGAAUUGACUAUCGGUGACUAUUCAUGUGAAUCCGUUUUUUGGUGUAACCCAACUUCAGCUGCGACGCGGUGACUAGUACUGACAAGCUCGUCUGGGUCGCUCUGGUGAAAUUAAUGGCCACUUUCGAACUGGUCAGUGUCAGAGACUACUUUUUGCUUACUGGGUAUUCUUACUGUAUCACUAGAUAAAAUUCCUAUUCUCACUCCCACUAAGGUUACUGUUGUAUCUAUACGUACUGUAAUUAAUAUCUACGGCGUAUUUUCCUCCGACUUCUCUUUCUGGUCGUUUCUUCUAUCAACCCGCUGAACCUUCUAUUUCUCUUCUUGAUUCACAUUCUCAGCGUGACUUCACUUCUGCUUCUCAUCGUACUCCUCUCUUCCUGUCCGAAGGCACGAAAUCUUCAAAUCUUUCCAAGAAUCUGGUGAAUCAUUGAACAGAUGACAACCAAGCACGUAUUUACUCCUCAACUUCCUUCCAAAUUUUCUUCUAUAUCUUAUUCUUACCUCGCUGUCAAUCUGUCAUCCGACGGGUUUUCUCAGGCUCUCUUGAGGCCUCGUUUCUCUCACUCUUCUUCCAUCGGCCUCUCUCGACUCCCAAUUGCACAGAUAAGCAAAAAUUGACCUCAAACGUCAUUGUUUGCAUUGCACUGUUUGAACCAAGCGACAUCACAACUGUUCAGCUAUGAUGGCUGCUUAAGUGCUUCACAACAACGUUGAAGUUGCUUGUCUAAACCUAAGGUGUCUGCUAUCCGACGCGCAAACCAACAGUGUUUAGAAUACUUUACGAGUAGCGCCAUUCUGCAGUCAUGGCGGCCGUCAUACCCACCAAAGGCUCAGGAAAUGUGAUUUAUUGCUGUGGUUAAAAUAAAGCAUGUGCUUUGAACUGAUACAGUUUGAGUAGGCGAGGCCGAUUUUCAUUCAGUAUCUAUAGUUAGAGGUUCGAUCUCUUUAAAAAGGGUAAAUUGAGGUUGAAUCUUAGAUAUCCCUCUUAUAUCCUAUGGACAAUCAUCACCCCUUCCUCCUCCAGCAGGUAGCGCGUGUCGCAAUAAUCGUCGACACCAUUCAAUUGCUGAACAAGGAAAGGGUUACUUGACUUAUGGAAACACUCGAUUUUUGGUAGGCCUGAGACUUGUGCCUCAUCCUGCUAUUCUUGAAAGAGCCACUUUGGCCCUGUAGCUCCUGUUCUGUGGUAUUGUUCUGUCUGUAGUUCAUACUGUCUGCUUCAACGUUAACCGCUCUAAUCGUAAGCUAUACUUAUGUAGGAGUUGUCUCUAAACUUUGGCUUUGUUAGCAUUGUUUAUUUUCCAGGUUUUCAGUUAUAAGGGUAAUACUGGCCAUACAUUUGAUUUGUGAAUAAUUAUUUAAAUUACUAUCACAUUCUCUGUAAGUUCCGUAUUUAUGAAUGUAAUGUUCGAUAACACUAAUGUUAUUAUUGUAAUUAAUUUCAGUGAUGGCUGUAGUCAUAUGAUCAAACUCAUAUCCACAUUUGCUUUUGUCAGUUUUCUAUGAUGCAACUAGGCAGCUUUAGAUUCCUUGCACUGAGACUUGACUAACGUUCAUGCACCUCUCCCUCGCCCCCGGCUGAUCUGUUGUUCUAGUUCAUGUUCACUCUAUAAAUCAAGUUUUUGAUCUCUAAUUCGACUAAGAAUACUGUAUCCUUGUCCCUCUCCUGAUUAGAACUCGACUGUUUAUUCUUGUCUCUGACACUAAGAAAUUGUUGAAAUAUUUGGAGGAGUCAACUAAAGUUUUCAGAACGUAUGUUCGCAAGUUGUAUUCCUCUUUGGACAAUCUCCUUUAUUAAGAGGAGGCUAAUUUCGUUUAAUUUCUGACUAUACAUGCCGAAAUUUAAUCUAUGAUAAUGAUGUAUUAAUUCUUGUUGAUGUUUGAGAAGUUCCUCGACGCUGAAGGAACAAAAUUAUGAUGUUAUUGAUCGCUCAGCUCUCGCAAGUCCAUCCAAAGUUCAAUGCCAUCUCCACCUGCCGCUGAUUUUGCUUCUUUCCUCGUAAAUUGAUCUCUACGGAUAUUCAUCAAUUAGGCUAUUUAUAGUAGAGUCUGAUUUCUUAUAGCAACCUUCAUCAUUGUGCUCUUUAGAACUAUCAUGUAAGAUUAGCCUCAUUGUCGAUCAUGUUUUUUUAAUGAUAAUAGUUGUUUUUACUGUGAGUGUGAAGAGAUGUUAAUGUUUCUCUCAAUAUUAAAAGUUUCAUCUCGAGAUGUCCUUGUCGUCUCUUCUUUUUGGCCGAACGUGAUCAGGGCGCGUUGAAACACUUCCAUUGGCUCUGGUUCGUACGUUCUUUGAAAUUCUGGAAAAUUUAUAACAAAAAAUUAAACGUUUGCUACACACCAAAGCGAAGCAAAUCAAUUUUUUUAAGUCUGAAGUCUUUGAAACAAUCUUCUUCGAAUAAAUUUAACACAGUGAAUAAUGCUUAAACAAAUUUUUUGCAAUAUUAACGGUGAAUAAAGUUGUCUUAACCUUGUAACUAUUGUCCACGUAUCAGCCAAGUAGCCAAUGACAGAGUGUUUGAAGCGUCAGAAGAGGAUCUGAUUGCGCACCUCCUCCCGUAGGUAGCAGAGAUACUAAGGUGUUUUAAGAUUAUCACUUUGUAAUAAAUAUGUAUUUCGAUAG